GGAGAGGAGAAGCUCCGCCGCCACCGCUGCUGCUUCUCUGUCUGUCUGCCUGUCUGUCUGCUGCUGUGUGACGAGAUGACAGCUGAUUCUGUCCACACACUCACACUCAGAGCCGUGUCACCCUCCGCAGUCAGCACACGUCCUCCACCCUCACGCCGAGAUACAGCGCUUCUUCCCCGGGGUGACUGAGAGUGUUUGCACCGCUGAAGAUCGGAUCUGAGGGAAGUGGAAAAAAGUUGUGUCGAGGAGAAAAGCAGCUCCGCCAACACCACAUCAUCAUCAUCAUCAUCAUCGGGAGCAGCAGGAGAAGGCUGGAGAAGUUGGGAUAUCUGCUCUGACUGGAUCUAUCGUCCCGAUCACACACUUUUCACUGGACUUCACAGGUUAUGAGUAAUGGAAGCGGGGUCGGUGGUGCGUGCCGUGUUUGAGUUUCUCCCCAGUGUCUCUGAGGAGCUGCCACUCUUCCCCGGCGAUGUCAUCGAGGUGCUAAGUGUUGCGGACGAGUUCUGGUUGCUUGGCAACAAAGAUGGUGUCACAGGUCAGUUCCCCACCACCUUUGUGGAAGAGGUCACCAUUCCCAGCACCAAGCCUGGAGACCAACUGUACGUGUGCAUCAACGACUUCAACUCAACAGAAGCGGGAAACCUGUCUCUGAAGAGAGGAGAUGUGGUGGUCGGAGAGGCAGCAGGGUCCAUGAGCCUCGGGGAAACGUGGCAGCGCGGCUGUAAUGUUUGGGGCAUCCGCGGUGUCUUCCCCACCUCGUGCGUGAAGGAGCUGAAUCUCUCGGGCCGCUCCAGGCAGCUGUCUGAGCGCUCGGCUCAGGCCCAGGCUUCAGAGCUGCCGCCCUAUGCCCUGGGCCAGGCACAGGCCCUCAUGAACCUCCACGCACAGCUCAAUGAAGAGCUGGAUUUCCGCGAGGGGGACUUGAUCAUCAUCACAGGCCUGCCUGAGCCGGGCUGGUUCCAGGGAGAGCUGGACGGUCGCAGGGGGAUCUUCCCAGAGGGGUUUGUGGAGCUCCUUGGGCCACUCAGGUCUCCACAGGAGCCUGAGGAAUGCCAGUAUUUGAACAAUGACCCUCAACAGUUCAGCUACGAGGACUCUUAUGAUGCAGAAGAGGGUACUGAAGAGAGUGUGGAGGAAGGGGAGGUUUUUUUGAGAGAGGAAGAGGAAGAAGAAGAAGAAGAGGAGCACAGGGAAAGUGUUGCAGAGGAAGAAGAGGGCAGUGUGUAUGGAGUGGCCCUGUAUGAGUUUCGAGCCAUGGAGCCAGGUGAGUUGGACUUCAAUGUUGGGGAUCGCAUUCGAGUUGUUAACACUUUGGAAGACGGGUGGCUGGAGGGGGAGCUGCGAGGCCAAUGUGGGAUUUUUCCUCAUCGAUUUGUCAAAAUGGAGGAUGACGGGCAGAAAACUGCAGAGGAAACAACUGUAGUUGAAACAAAAGAAGACAAAAGGUCCAGUUGUACUUCUGGAUACAGCUCAGGUCAUAUGUGUCCCAAUGGCUCAGAGAAUGGCUCUGGAUGGCGGCAGUGUGAGGAUUAUACAGUAUGGGACCUGGAUUACUUUGAGAGGACUGAGGAGCAGAGGUGGCAAAGUGAAAACAAAAGUCCUGCGGCUCAAGCUAACAGCAGAGCACAGACAGAAGAGCACAGGAAGCCCGACUCCCCGCCACGUAGACCUGUCGCUCCAGUUCAAAGAGGUCCAGAGAGACCCAAGUCCACUCCACCAGCAAGGCCCACACUCCCACCACGACCUAGCCUGCCCGCACAAAUCCACAGGCACCACAGCCCUUCUUCUGGCACACAUCGGUCUAACUAUGCUGAUGGUAAAUCUCGACUGCUGCAGCCCAAACGAACUCACAGUCUAACCCUGCCCUCUCACACUCAGGCUGGCUGGUCUAAAGACAGUAGACGCUACCAGAGGCCACCACCAGAUGUUGGCUCCCCCAGUAACAGAGGUGCCACUCUCGGCCAGGCUUUGAUUCACCUUGUAGAAAGUCACAAACGGAAGAAAUUAACUCGCCAUGCUAGCGUCAGCGACGCUGACAUGAUGAUGGGCGGUGCUGAGACGCGGACACAUCCUCGACAGGCGUUGCGUGGCUCCAACGGGGUAAUGCCGACGUCCAUCACCUUGGAUUCCCUGGCAGCCUCGGCAAGUAACUUGGAGGCCAAACUAUCGCAACAGCUUUUUGAAUUUGAGAAAAGCUUGACUUCUUUAUAUGACAACACUCACAUGGGCUCUGCUGCUUCAAAGGACACUUCAUCUAUAGGUGACCUGAGCCAACAAUCACAUGUUUCUCGGCACUUUUCUAUUAUGGACUUUAGCAAUGAAAGUGAUAUUAUUCGAGGUUCUUCACAUUCCCCUGUGUCCGACCUCCUGCAGUCAAACUCUGCAUCCUCCACACUUGAGAGGCGCAGGACACUCCGGCCUCCUCCUCCUCGUCCUAGAGUCCACCGUCCCGCAGCCCCAGCUCCAUACAAACCUGCCCGCCUGGCUCCACGUCCCCCUCCUCGUCCCCCUCCAACCAACCCCAUCUUCUACACACCUGAAGAAUCUCCCGCAAACCUCCUCGACAACAUCACAGAGGAUCACCCAGAGUUCAGUGACCUCGCAGCUGCCCAGGAACACGAAAUUCAGUGUCAGCUGGAAGCGGAGAAAGAGGUGGAGAGAGAAAUGGAGCUGGAAAGUCAGAGACGGAGGGAAGAAGAGCAGAGAUAUCAGCUGCUCCUGCGUCUACAAGAGGUGGAGCACGACAUGGACGCAUAUGCACACACGGCAGAGGAGCUCAGGGCCAUGUUGGAGGAGGAGGAGGAGGAGACGGCCCGCAUGCAAGCUAUGGAGAAUCUAGAGUUCUGCAACUACACGUUGGAGACGCUGGCCCUAGAACAGCAGCAGCUACAAGAGAUGACGCUCGUGUCGUCCCAACCCAAACCGUGUCCCGCCUCGGACUCCUCCCCCACCGCCGACACCGGGAGCGAGGACCCGGAGCAGAGGAUGCUGGAGAAGAGGUCAAAGGUGAUCGAGGAGCUGCUGCAGACGGAGAAGGACUACAUCAAAGACCUGCAGAUGUGUGUCGAGGAAAUCAUCGAGCCACUGAGGAAGAAGCAGGCGAAGAAUGUGGACUUUGAGGGACUGUUUGGCAACAUCGGCUCUGUGAUCGACCUGUCACUGCGGCUCUCUGACGCGCUGCACGACACCGACUCCAUCGGACGUGUUUUUCUGGACUUUAAAGGCGAGCUGGAGGAGGUGUACAAGAUCUACUGCCAGAACCACGACGACGCCAUCUCUCUGCUGGAGAGCUACGAGAAAGACAAAAACAUCCAGCAUCACGUGCUGGAGUGUCUGGAGAGACUGAGGGCCAUUUAUCGAGAGUGGGGUAAAACAAAUUACAUCAACCUCGGCUCUUUCCUCAUCAAGCCCGUGCAGAGGGUCAUGCGUUACCCGCUGCUGCUGAUGGAGCUGCUGGGGGCCACGCCGGAGAGCCACCACGACCGGCCCCAGCUGACUAAGGCCCUGCUGGACGUGAAGAAUAUCAACGUGAACAUCAACGAGUACAAGCGCAGGAAGGACCUCGUGGUGAAGUACAGGAAAGGGGACGAGGACACGUUCAUUGACAAGAUCUCAAAGCUGAGCAUGCACUCCAUUAUCAAAAAAUCCAACCGUGUCAGCAGCCACCUCAAGCACCUCACGGGAAUUGCACCCCAGAUCAAAGAUGAAGUGUUUGAUGACACUGAGAAGAAGUUCAGGCUGCAGGAGAGGCUCAUCAAGUCUUUUAUCAGGGACAUCUCCUUGUACCUGCAACACAUCAGGGAGUCGGCAUCCGUAAAAGUCUUGGCAGCCAUCAGUUUCUGCGACAUCUACACAGAGCGCAGCGUGCUGGACCCCGAGCUCUUCCACAGAGCUCACCGCUGCAUCAGCGAAGAACAGUUCACACGAUUUAAGGAGCGCACAGAGACUUUAGUCAUCAACCCGCUCAACCAGCUGCUCCUCAUGUUCGCCGGGCCACACAAGCUCAUCCAGAAGCGCUUCGACAAGCUGCUGGACUACGACAACUGCAAGGAGCGAGCCGAUCGCCUCAAGGACCGCCGCAUCCAGGAGGAGCUGCAGGUGGCGCGCAACAACUACGAGGCGCUCAACGCCCAACUCCUCGACGAGCUCCCCAAGUUCCACAGCGGAGCGGAGGAGCUGUUCACGUGCUGCGUGAGGGAUUUCGCUCAGGCUCAGAAGGACUUCAUGCAGACGACGCUGAGAGAGCUGAAGCCUAUCCUGCACAUGUUUUCUAGCAAAGUUGGCAGGGAGGGCAACCUCAUCGCACAGUUCCAAAAGGAGUAUGGACGAGUUCUCCAACUUCUGCAGAGCUUCAGCUUCUGCCCGGAGAACCUGCCUCCGGCCACCACCACCACCUCGAAGAAGCCCUUCGAGAAGAAGACUCUGGAGAAGCAGACCUCUAAAAAGCAACUGCAGGGACCUCCAAUCAUCAAGCAGACCGAGGAGCACCGUGCGGGACUUCUGGUUCGCUUCGGCCCUGACAGACUCUUCCAGGCUGACAGGAACUUCAAUGCUGCCCAGGAUCUGGAUGUCUUUAUACAGGAAGGAGACCUUGUGGGUGUGAUUAAGCAGCAGGAUCCCAUGGGCAGCAACAACCGCUGGCUAAUUGAUAAUGGAGUCACCAAGGGUUUCGUGUACAGCUCCUUCCUCAAACCUUACAACCCGCGCCGGAGCCAGUCGGACUUGUCCAUCGAGAGCCAGUCGUCCAAUGAGUCGGGCUACGGUGGCUCCUCCCCCGUUUUCUCCCGCCAGAACAGCAACAGCACGCUGACCUUCAACCAGGAAACGGCCACGGUCAGCUUUUCUUCGUCGUCACACACCCAGAGUCACUCGCCUCCUCACCCGUCGCUGGACUCCGCCUCCCCUCGUAAAAGUCACCACAGAGACUUGCCCAACCCCGACUCUGUCAGUCAAAGCAACUCCAUAACCUCGUCGCCCCGAAACGUCUCGAACCGAAAGGAGCUCUCGGAGCAAACACAGCGACACUCCCCCAGUCAGAGAGACGCGGAUCAUUUGUACCAACACUCAGGAAACCACAGAGACUCGUACGAUACAAGUUACACGAGCUCCAGCAGCCACCGCGAGACGUCGGACCUCUCGGAGACGGACUCGUCCUCUUCGCACAGAAACAAUCACACGAAGCAGCGCCAUGGACACGCGGACAAAUCCUACGGUUCAUACCAGCGCAGAAAUGGAGACAAUGGCGGCCAAAAGAGAUCGGCUUACGCCAGAGACGAGUACAUCGAACCGGAGCCAGAACCCGAACCAGAGCAGGAAAGUGAGGUGGACGGUCAUCAGAUUUACUAUGCCAUCUAUUCAUUCAGCGCCCGCUGUGCCAAUGAACUGAGCAUCUCGGCCAAUCAGCGGCUGCGGAUACUGGAGUUCCAGGACUUGAACGGCAACAGCGACUGGUGGCUCGGCGAGGUGGAAGGCCAGCGAGGCUACGUGCCUUCCAACUACAUCCGCAAAUCGGAAUACACAUGAACAAGAUUACGAUCCUGUACCUCUGACAGCACUUGGACUUGAAGAAGGCUCACUCCGCUGCGAGCAGACGGAACAAACCGCAACGAACAAGCCUUUUAGUGUUUUUUGCAGUGACUCAUUUUUGAUUUGUUGUCAUGGAGUUUGAUGAUGAGAGAGAGACUGACCUGCUGCUCCUGAACGUUAGCAUUAUACACCUGUAUUUAUAAACUUUUUUUUAUAUUCUGGAAACUGCAGCCAAAGGUUUGUUGUUUCCGUUGAAAAAACCUGUGAAUUGCACCAGAUAGUUGUUGCCACGUUGUCUUUAUGCUCAUUUUAAGGUUGGCAAGUUGGGAGAUUGCAAUGGAAAUGUGAAGGUUUUUGGGGCUCAGACAGAAACAUAACGCAAAAAUAUGCACAACGCGGCGUCAGCGCUGUGUUUUCUUGCAAUGACGUGUGAAUAUUUGAUGCAUUUACAUCCAAGCCGAUGCACUUAAAGAUGAUUAGUCACUGGAUGCCAGUUUUUAAAGUGUCUGUGGAGCCACCGACUACAAUUCAGAGUGUUUUCAUGAAAUCAAUUUUGACUCUUUGGAUGAAGACUGGGGACAAAGUUGAAUGGCAUAUGAAAUACUGUUUACAAGUGCUCACUGUGUUCCCCCUUGGACCAUUUUUUCUCUUAAAUCUCUUUUUCCACUAGGUUGACACGGUGUAAACAGGCGAUGACCCUUUGAUCUGUAAGAGGAGGUGAACGAUCUGUACUAGGAUUUCACCUCACGCUCCCCAUGUACAUUAUAUAUAGUGCUGAACAGUGAAAAUACCAUAUUGCACCCACUGUAAAGUGAUCACUGUUUGAAUUAAAAAAUCUAAAACAUCUCA